GGACGCGUCAGUAAUUGGAGUAAUUAGGAGUUGGUAAUUAGGAAACUUUAUGAAGAUUCGCUGUCUCGAUUAACGAGAGUAGAUAGUGGCAAAAUUUCCGCGUACGAGAUAAGACGCCAUUUCCAUAUUGUUUCAGGAUUACGAACUCCUUUGAAAAGGGGACCUUAAUUUAAUAAGUAGAAUGGGUAUUAAUUAUUUUUAUUGUAGUUCACACGUGGACAGAUGAUGUCAUCUCUACAUAUAAAUUAAAUGAUAUAUAUAUAAUUAAUAAAUAUGUUUAGAUUUUUUUAAUACAAUUAUUAAUUCAUUGAUUUGAAGACAGUGGUAUUUCUAAUUUUAAUUAUCCUGUAACAUCGGUGUCACAGGCAUCGUACGUCACAGGGAAAACCGUAAAUGAGAAAUAGAAAGUUGUUACAUCAUUUCGUCGUUUCGACUCUUGUUAAAUUAAUGCGAUAUUAGUACAUGGACAUUUUAAUAGUUAACAUUGAGGUUAUGUCCAUUAAAAUUAUACCAAGUUCUUGCAUUAAGCCUGGUUUUUAAUAAUUUCCUGUACACUCGUAUUUACUUGUAACACAUACGAAUACAACCAGUUGACAGUGAGACGCGUGAACACUAACCAAGCUUACGUUUCAUCGGUAUCGCAACUGACAGUCCUCUCGUUUAUAAAACAACGCGAGAUUGUUCCGUUUGGCGCGAGUUCGUUUAAAGGUAUUAUCGAGUAGUUAACCGGCGAAUUUUUCAAUUAGAAAUAUUCGCGUAAAGAAAAACUGAGAUAAUUUAUUCUGUAAUAUACAAUUAUAUUAUCCAAUUUACACUACUGUAAACAUUAUAGUAGAAUUGGAUCGAUGAAUGUUGAAAAAGAUAAAUAAAUAGCGAAAAAUUAUCGCAGAAUUCGGAUAAAUGCAAAUGACCGAUGGACGUUUAUACUGGUCGACAGGACAAGAUGAGAAACACUACGAACACGCGUUUAAUUGUGGACUGUACAUAUUUAGCUGGACGGGCGCGCGAAAGUUUCUAAGAGUGCAGCAAUAGCAGUGACAAAACGUUUCGCAGCAGCCGGUCUGUCACUUUGGGUGGGGAAAAUCAAUAGGAAAACCGAGUUGAAAUCAGAGGUAUGGGUCAUUAACGUUUCGCGGAUGAAACGCGUGGUAUUAUUUUGGAACGUCUCGGGUUGUGUGUGUAAUGUGUCCUUGUUCGUGGAUGCUUCAUAAUAACACUUCCGAAAAGCAUUGUCCCUUGACGCACGCGGUCGCAAUGCCUCCUGUGAAGUGAUACAGCGGGGAUCUGUCAACAGCUGUGCACGAUCGGAGGAAAAUGUUGAAAAAUCCCACAAUCGCCGACGCUUCUUGACAUCGAAUUGUGGAGACGACACCGUGCAUCGUGCCACGCUUAACCAUGACGAUACUCGGGAAGAUUUUGUUGGUCUGCCUCGUGUCGUGUAUCGUGUCUUGGAUCAACUAUGCGGAAACCACACACAUAUCGGGCACCUUCAAUACGAGAGAGUUUUUCCGUUUUCUCAUUAAAUUCGGUUUCCAAAAGACCGAUCGCCACCGGCAGAAAGACUCGUACGGGUACAUUUUCGGUAACGUAACGUCGAAGACCAAUUUCUCUGUGCCGAUCACAUUGGCAGUGUUAGACCGCGGCCACUUUAUAGAGUAUUAUGGUAACCGAACGUUAGAAGACAAGAGUACCGCCUGUACUCUUAUGUUUAAUACUCUGAAUCAAAGCUCUUACGAUGUGCACUGUAACGAGGAAGGUCAAGAUUUCUUGAGGAGAGUACCUUGCUCGAAGGGUAAACUAUGCCCGGAUGAAGAUUCCAUAUGGAACAUUGUGAAGGGCCACCAAUUCACAUAUGUCAUACAAGAUUUCUGGCAGCCAAGUUUUUGGUAUAUGAGCCUGGUGGCUUGUUAUAGAAAUACAACCACUUGCCAAUGGGAAUAUUACGACAAACACGAUGUGUUAGAAUACGAUAUUUGGCUGGUAAACGGUAAUCCAAAUACUAGUGGCCUAAACAGUUUGACUUAUCAAUUCUCGUACGAUAGACAGAACACUAUAGAAUUGUACUCGUUAUUCUUUAUGUGCUAUAUUAUACUUGUACCACUACAAUUGUAUGCAGUAAGGUUACAAAAGCACCCUGUGACAAGAUUGUUCACUGCCAGUCUUCUGUUAGAAUUUAUAGCAGUAUGUUUGAUUUUGAUACAUGUGCUAAAAUUUGCUCUCGAUGGAGUUGGCUAUGAACAGUUAGAAGUUGCUGGAGAUAUUUUUGAUAUUCUGUCUCGGACAUCAUUUAUGUUAUUGCUUCUUCUACUUGCCAAAGGAUGGGCAGUAACAAGAAUGGAAUUAACAUGGAAACCAUUAGUGUUUGCUAUUUGGCUUUGUUAUGGAGUAGUCCAUAUUCUGCUAUAUGUAUGGAAUAUGACGGAAGUUGACAUUAUUGAAGACAUUGAUGAAUACCAGACAUGGCCGGGCUGGUUUAUACUUCUAUUUAGAAGUGCAAUAAUGAUAUGGUUUCUAUGUGAACUUCGUAAUACUAUGACAUAUGAACAUAAUACUCAGAAGUUGAACUUUUUACUCCAUUUUGGUGCAUCUUCUUUAGUUUGGUUUAUUUACUUACCUAUUAUAGCUCUUAUAGCUCUUCAAGUAAGCGCAUUGUGGAGGUUUAAAUUGUUACUAGGUAUUACAUACUCUGCUGAUUGUUUUGCAUAUUGUGUGAUGGCUCAUUUACUUUGGCCAACACGGAGCGAACAAUAUUUUUUACUUGCACAAGGAGCAGACAAUGGUGAUGAACUUGACGAAUUCAAUGAAGCGCCGCAUGUGUUAAACAAUUAUGUAGAACCACCAGAACUUAGUAAAAUAAUUACUUAAUAUCAGGCCAUAAAGGGCAAAGGAACACACAGAUGUUUAGUCAAACUUGUAUGGUUUGAUGUUUGCUAUGUUUGCCAAAUGGUAAAUUCAUAGAGUUAAAAAUACUCUGCUACAUGCUACUUGAGACUGAUAUAAUCUGCACACUCUUUAAUUAGAGAUAUAUUAAUAAUCAAAUUUACAUAUGUGAUAGGGAGUCAGUAAUUGACAAAAGAAAAAGAAAAUGGGUGAGUAUGAUAUGAGUACUUUUGAGUAAUUGAUUGUUCAUUUAGCAGGGAAAUGAACGUACGAUUAAGUUCUAGCAUUUGUAGAUACAAAGUGAUAAUGUUAAUGUAUGAUGUUCAUGUAAUAUACAGUGAUAAUGUAUAAUGAAUGUAUAUUUAUAACUUUUACGCCAAUGUACAAAAGAAUAAUAUUUAGCUGUCACAUAUUUAACAUUACAUUAAUAUAUUCUAGAUAGGGGUGAUCAUAUACACGUAGUCUUCUACUGCUUCUUUUUACUUAUCUUGUUAUUGCAAUAGAAUGUAAUAACUUUACUCAUGUCAUACUCUUAAAUUCUAUGCAACUAACAUUAAUAAUUCUGAUUUAACGUUCAACUAUUUUCCAGCACUAUUGAUUAAAUUUAGAAUACUUAAUGGACUACUUAUACAACUUUAUCUAAAAAUCUUUCUAAUCUUGUACUAUACUACACAUUUUUUAUGACACUAACAAAUCAACAUUUUGUAACUACAUGACAGUUUGCAGAGUAUGAAAACUAUCUCAAUACGUGCUUGAAAAAGUAUGAAAACUGAAAAUAAAAUCACUAUGACCUCCUUCAUGUUUAUUUCAUACAAAACUGCAAUGUUUGGAAAUGAAAGUGUAUAUUAGCAUACAAUAUAAAUUACCUUGGAGAACAAUAUUUUUUAUGCUCUCUUGGUUUUCAGUAUUACUACAAUGAAACUCAUAUCUAAUUGAAUAAUUAUAAAUAUACCUUCUAUAUAUUUUUUAAUAACCAAUGUUAUUACAUUGAAAUUUCGUUGUUCUUGUAACACUUUCUACUGUUUCAUUUUAUAUUUGUGUAUUUAUAUGUUCUAAUAUUUAAAGUAUAAAACUAACUAAAUCAUUAUAUAGGAAUUAAAAUGUUUUAAUAUUUUGUGCUUGCACAGAAGUUUCCUAUGACAUUUUUGCUCAAUUUUGUAAUAAAUUAAGUACUAGAAUAAUGAAGCAUAUACUUUCUUAGAACCUUUAUAAACUGCAUAUGUACGUAUUGAAAUAUUGGUGCAAUGUUUUUAAUGUAUUAGUACUCUGUAGAAGUAGGAAAUAUGAUUGAUCAGGAAACAAGGUUCAAUGAAUUUAAUUAGUAAGUUUAACACUUUCUUUGUUUGUGUGAAACCAAAUUGAAAAAAAUAGUUCUAAAGGAAUCAUGACUGUAUAAAAAUCCUUUUUUUUAUAGUGAAUAUAAUAAUGUUUAAUGUUUAUAGAAACUAUACAAAUUUUGAUGGAAAUUUUAAAGACUUAUAAAGUGUAGAUUAGAAUUGAAAACCUGAAGUUCAUCUCUCAUUGGUAUAAGUAAUUUUAAUCUAAUACAAUUUUAACAGAGUAUUCUCCAAUAACCUGAAUGUUAAUUUUCAAUUACAUCUUGCUCAUAGGAUAUAUACUGUACAAUGAUGAUGUAUAGGUUCCAAAAACUCGAUUUCAAAAAAUUUGGAAUACAUAAUAUUAUGCAACAAAUGUCUUUUAUUCAUUUAUUUUAAACUCUCAAUUAUAGCUUUAUAUCUUUAUUCUAUACAGUGGAGUUCUGAGUUAUGUCCUCCCAAUGUUCUAACUAAUAAACUAUUUCAAACUUAUUUUUUAACAUAGAAUCAGUUCUUAUCCAAUUGUACUACCAGUUACAUGACACCUAACAUAAAUACAUGCAAUUUUAGUAUAUUAAUACAGUAAAGAAGCAAAAUAAGAGAAGUUUAUUUUAAUGAAUUUAUUUAUUGUUGUCAACUAAAUAAUUUUUUAUACAUAUUGAACAAGUGUAACUUGAUACGUCUUUCAAACAUUGAGUCAUAGUAGCUUUAAAUUACCAGUAAGAUUAUCUACAACCUCUUUAGGGCCUGGUCCUAUUCCAAGUACUGAAAUUGUACCAGGCUUUAAUACAGUUUUACCUGCAUCUUUUAUUACAGCAGUAAUGAGGCCGACCUUACGGGCAUCUUCUGCUAAUGUCAGUAAUUUUUGUUCGUUACGUAUUGUUACAACAAUUUUUGGUUGACCUUGUAAUAACCAAGGUUCAUACAAUUCUUGAUAUUUUGAAUUAUCUACUGCUUGACGAUAACAUUCCACAGCAGCAUGUGCACACUGUGCAGCAGUUUUUCCUGUGCCCAUAGAUAGAUCUGAUCUCACAAUGAUUACCAUUUUAUAGUAACCACUAUCCGAAUAUUUCACAACUUUGAACACACGUUUUAUAUACUUUAUCACAGAUAACAUUGUUUGAAAAUUAGGAACAUUAGUUUUGAUGUGUUUUCUGAUAAGUGUCCAUGCACUGUUUGAACUCUUUCAAUAUUCCCUGACACUUUCUCCAAUCUUGAGUUUCCGCUAUACAUUCCUGAAAAUAUAUUCAAUGAUUACAUUACAGGUAUUCAACUUGUAAGGAAAUAUGUAAGAUUUAUACUUGAACUUGAUAAUGUAAUUCCAUACAGCCGGUCUUUUUUAACAUCUCUUCGACUAGGUCGACUUCAUUCUCCGGUUUUUGCGUUGAAUGUAGAUUAACAGUCAUUUUUAAUUUAAAUACAAUACACAAAGUAUUACUUCAAGUUUAAUAUCGAAUAAAGAUAUUCGUUAAACACAGAGGUUAUUGCCGUUCUUCACGAUACCCCUGAUUGUAGC